AUGAUGGAAGAACUUUUUAAAAUUUUGUUUGAACUGGUAAAAAUAGGUGAUGAAGAAAUUCAAAAUUAUUUAAAAGAAAGAAUAAUUGAUGAGAAAUAUGAAAUAGAAAAAAAUGGUGUAGAUUAUUUUUAUGAUUUGGUUUGUUCUUAUGCUGAUGAUAAAAUAAAGAGAAGUAAAAUUGCAAAUAUUUUUAAUAAACAUUUUAAAAAUGAUAAUAUACAAAAUGGAAGUAAUCCAAAUAAUAUCCCUAAUCAACAUGUUUUAAGUAUACAAAAUAACAAAAAUCUUGAGAAACUAGAAGAAGUCUUUAAUUUUAAAGAAUAUUGGAAAGAUAAAGAUAUGUCAAAUUAUAGUGAUCCCUUUUUAGGUGUAUAUGAAAAACAAAUAAAUUAUAAUACUAGUGUCCCAAUAAGUGAAAGCUUAAAAAUAUCGAAAGAAAAAGAAAAACAAAAACAGAAACAACUAAACUUAUUUAAAGAAUGGGUUAAAAAUAAACCUAAAAUCCCACAACCAGUAAGGGUACAUAAUUUAUUACACUGUAGUGAUGUAGGUAAAAAUAAAACAAAAAUUGAUAAAUUGUAUGAUAUAAGAAUUGAUAAUUUCAAUAUAAGUAUCGGACAAAGAAGCUUAUUAAGUGAUACUACCUUAAAAAUAAAUGUUAUGAAUAAAUAUGGACUUAUAGGGAAAAAUGGUAUCGGAAAAAGUACCCUGCUAGCCAAAUUAGCAAGAUACGAAAUUGAAGAAAUAAAAAAAGAUAUUAGCAUAGCGUGCAUUGAACAGGAAUUAUGUCUUGAAAAUGUGACCGUUUUAGAAUCUGUAUUAAUGGUUGAUAAAUUAAGACAUGAUCUGUUGUUAGAACUUGAACAACUGGAAGCACGAAAAAUUAAAUUAGACCCAAACGAAGAAAUAUUAAGCAAUGAAACGGAAGAAAAAAAUACACAAAAAAAUGAUACAAAAAAUAAUAAACAUAAUAAAAAUAAUAAAAAUGUUGAAAAUAUGGAACCUAUCGAAACUGUUGAAAGUAUAGAACAAAAAAUAUUAGAUAUAUAUGAAAAAUUAAAUAGCAUUUCCUAUUUAGAAGCUGAAAAAGAAGCAAGCAAAAUUUUAUGUGGAUUAGGUUUUGAUUCAAAUUUACAAAAAAAAAAAGUAAACUCCUUAAGUGGGGGUAUGAAAAUGAGAUUAUGCUUAAGCCGUAUCUUAUUUAGUAAUAAUGAUAUCAUAUUAUUAGACGAACCAACGAACCAUUUAGAUAUUUACACUAUACAAUUCUUAAUUGAUUAUAUAAAAAAAUUAAAUAAAACUUGUAUUAUUGUUUCACAUGAUAGAGAUUUUCUAAACGAAGUGUGUACAGAUAUUAUUCAUUUCCAUAAUCAUCAAUUAACCUAUUAUUCAGGAAAUUAUGAUCAAUUUGAAAAAACCAGAAUUGAACACUUAUUACAACAACAAAGGGAACAUGAUUCUCUCGAAUUAAAAAAAAAACAUGUUCAAAAAUUUAUAGAUAGAUUUAGAUAUAAUUCAAAAAGAGCAGCCUUAGUUCAAAGUAGAAUCAAACUCUUAAAUAAAUUACCCGUUGUCAAUUUAGAGAAAGAAGAUACUCCAUUCAGCUUUUCCUUUUUAGAACCUUUUUAUAUGUCGAAUGUACUUAUCAAAUUAAAAAAUGUUUCCUUUAGAAAUAAAAUGUUUACAAAUCUUCGUGUAAGAAAAAACAAAAAUAUUUUAAUAGGAGACCAUGAAAAUGAAACGAAUGAAGAAACGUACGAAGAUGAAAAUGAACUAGAUAAUAAUGGACAGCCUGUUUCAAAAACAUACGAAGAUAAAUACAAAUUUAAACAUGAAUACCUAUUCAAAAAUGCUUCUUUUGAAGUAGAUAUGGACUCUCGAAUAGCAAUUUGUGGUGUUAAUGGUAGUGGAAAAACAACAUUAAUUAAAAUUAUUUUAAAUUUAAUAACAGUUUAUGAAGGAGAAUUACAUGUUAGUAAUAAAGCAAAUAUAGGAUAUUAUUCACAAUAUCAUGUUGAUUGUUUGAACCCUAUUUAUAAUUCAAUUCAACAAUUACAAUAUACCUAUUCCAAUAAAAAUAUAAAAGAAGAAGAAGCUAUAAAAUAUUUUAAUAAAUUUAAUAUACCAACAAAUAUUUUAUACGAACCUAUUUAUGUUUUGUCGGGAGGUCAAAAAAGUAAACUAGCACUAGCUAUUUUAGCUUACAAAAAUCCAAAUGUUCUAAUUUUAGACGAACCGUCAAAUCACCUUGAUAUUGAAUCAGUGCAAGCAUUAAUUGUAGCUUUGAAUAUGUACAAAGGAGGACUUAUUAUUAUCAGUCACGAUACCUAUUUAAUAAAACAUGUAGCAGAUGAAAUUUAUCACAUAAAUAAUAUAACUAAAGAACUUGUCAAAAUAGAUUAUGAAUUUGAUAAAUAUACACAGUUAUUACUUAACAAUAAAAUAUAA